GGCAUACCGGUGCGGCUUGAGACAGACGCCAGCGACAAAUUGCUCGUAUUCUAUAUGACGAUAACUUUUAAACGAUACACGUGCUUUGUUGUGAUGUGACCACUUCUAUGGAAAUUUGGAUUGCUGAACAGAUUGUGACGACAUUAAACGGAAUGCUAAGAUUAUUGAAAGCGAGACAACGAAGCAAAAACGGAAAUUGUGAAAACUAACCAGUAACUGUCAAAGUAUGGAGCCAUGUUUUCUAGCACUUGCAGCGAUACUGCCAUUCCUAGAUACAGGUGUGUCUUCGCUACAGUGCUACCAAUGCUUCAUCAACCCGCCUCCGGGGCAGUACUACAACACAACCAAGCGUCUGUGUCAGAACUUCGACUACUCCGAUGACUUCAUUGUCGACUGUCCCUACUCUACUAUGUGUGUUAAACAGGAUUUUCAUCUCGAUAUACAGAAUGGAGAUCGCAUAGACGGAACUCUGCGGGACUGCGCGUUACAAAAAUACGAGUACCAGGACCUUGAGAAUGGGCAAUGGUCGCCCAAGAUCGAGAUCAUGGAGCCCUAUAGAGAGGGUUGCGAAGAUGUCGACGAUAAGGGAGAGAGGACUACGCCUACUAGAUACUGUUAUUGCAAAAGCAAUCUCUGCAAUUCAUCACCGAACACGAACCACGAAGGAUACACUGACAUCAUGGGAGUGAUAGUCGUUUUUAAUCUCAUGAAAUACAUCAAUAGCCUUAGGUAGUGAUUAUGGAAACGUAGGUAGCCAUAUUAAUGCCCAAGAAUUAUGUCGAGUUUCUUGGCUUAGAUUUUGAUCUGAUGUAAACAAACUAAAAGGAAAGUGCAACACAGACAAAGGAAAUUGCAAAAUUAUUUAUAUUUUAUGAGAUAGAUUUUUAUCUACUUCGACUUUGUGUUUUUUCUUCAAGAAAAAGAAAGGCGUGUAUUUGACCUUCAUCUCUUCUGAUGUGUAGUGACGAUGAGGUCGACGAUGGAGCAUCCUAUAUAAUGCCUAUUCACUCUUGCCUUGAAAAGGCCCGAGUUUCGUUCAAGGAAAGAAUGUCUACAAAUCAUUUGGAAUUACUUAGUUACCUAUAUAGCGAUUUUAGACUUUGGCUAAAGAACGAAAAAUGGAUAAAUAUCGUUGAACUCAAAAGUCGUUUAAUAAUGUAACAACUUCAAAACGAAUUUAUAUAAAAUCUCGAAAUUGGAGAUUGUAGCAUGAAGACUCGACCUUUUAUAGCUCUUAAAUCAAAGGCAAAGCGUGUCUGUGAUGCCAUACCUAUGUGUACCUAAAAUUUUGUAAAAUGUCUAGCUUACUUUGGAAAUAAAAACUAUUUUUUCGAUUCUCAAAUCGCUUGUAUUUUUUUUUUUUUUCA